AUGGUAGCAUUUCCCCGUCCUGUGAUAGACUUCUCAAGGGAAAAUUUGGAGGCUGCAAGAACAAGUGGUUGGGCGAGCAGAUGCAAGGACGUGUUGAAAGCACUAGAGGAGUAUGGAUGCUUCGUAGCUGUUUAUAAUAAUGUUCCCCUUCAACUACAUGCAGACUUGUUCAACGUACUAGAAGAAUUGUUUGACCUUCCUCUUGAGACCAAAAGGAAAAAUGUUUCUGAUAUUCCUUUCGCUGGCUACGUUGAAAUAGAACCCACCCGGCCUUUCUACGAAUCCAUGGGAAUCAGUCAUGUAGAAAUGCUCGAAGGAAAUAAAGAUUUCACAAAAACCAUGUGGCCUAAAGGCAAUGAUAAUUUCUGCAAAAUUGUCCAUUCGUUCUCAAAGGCAGUGGAAGAGCUACAUAAAGGCAGUGGAAAGAGCUACAUUAAACUGCAUGGUGAAGAAGAUGAUUCUCGAUGGUUAUGGGAUGGAAAAGAAAGAACUAUCAAACUUGGGUUGUACCCUGCGAGUUACGGACAAAAGUUUCCUUACCAUACCAUACUUCAUCAGAAUGAUGUCAAUGGUUGGGAAAUUCAAACAAAGAAUGGAGAGUGGGUAGAUGUGGACUUAUCUUCUUCUUCAAAAUUUUUAGUCAUGGCAGGCGAAGGAAUCAUGGGGUGGAGCAAUAACAGGAUUGAUGCCUGUGAUCAUAGAGUGACAAUAAACAGAAAGGAGAAAAGACUCUCGAUUGGCCUAUUCUCAUAUGUCAAAGGAAUAAUAAAAGUGCCAGAAGAAUUUGUUGAUGAGGAGCAUCCAUUAAUGUAUAAACCCUUCGAUCAUAUUGGUCUGGUUCAUUUCUUUGGUACCCCUGAAGUUCACAAGCAGCACCGUACUUUGAAAGCCUAUUCCGGCCUUUGAGCUCCUUCUUCUCGCGCGUGCGUAUGCACAUUACCUAUCCAUAAGAUGUGUUCGUCUCUGAAUAAAUAUGGAAUUGGUAUUUGAAUUGGUAUUUUUUAUAUUAUUUGUA